AAAACCAUCCAAUCCAACCAAAUACCCUAAAAUUAACCAAGCCAGUUUUUCAACACGGCAUAAUCAAUCAAUGUCAGCGACUUUGAUUGCUGUGGACUAGAUUUUUGGCCGAAAACACCUGAAUAUCUAUUCUACAUAAACUGCAAGGGCUAUCAAAAAGAACCUGGAAGUCUAUUGCUGCAGCUGUGCCAAUUUAAAUAUGUGUUAUAUAGGUUAUACCUCUUGAAUCACUAUAUCAACACAAACUACAUAAGCAAAAAGAUUUUUUUCUGAUAAUAACCUAUCACCAUGGGAGUUCCUAAGUUCUUCAGGUAUACCAGUGAGAGGUAUCCCUGCCUCAAUGAGCUUGUCAAACAAUAUCAGAUACCAGACUUUGACAACAUGUACCUCGACAUGAAUGGUAUCAUCCACAACUGCUCACAUCCGGACGACUCCAACCCCCACUUCCGUAUAACGGAAGAGAAGAUUUUCCAAGACGUCUUCCACUAUUUGAGCAUACUGUUCCAAAUCAUUAAGCCGAAGAAGCUGUUCUUUAUGGCUAUUGAUGGUGUCGCUCCGAGGGCUAAGAUGAACCAGCAAAGAGGCAGGAGAUUCAGAUCUGCCAGGGAAGCAGAGAAAUUAGAAGAAGAAGCAAAGUCUAAGGGUGAGGUCCUGCCAACGGAAAAGCGGUUCGACAGCAACUGCAUUACGCCAGGGACUGUGUUCAUGGCGCGUCUGCACGAGCAGCUCAAGUACUUUGUGAAGCAUAAGAUGUCCACCGACCCUCUGUGGAGCAAAGUUAAAGUUAUUUUGUCAGGGCAUGAGACCCCAGGCGAAGGCGAGCACAAAAUCAUGGAUUACAUCAGAUGGUCGCGCUCGCAGCCAGACUACGACCCGAACACCCGGCACUGCCUGUACGGGCUCGACGCCGACCUCAUCAUGCUGGGCAUGUGCACCCACGAGCCGCACUUCGCGCUGCUCAGGGAAGAGGUGAAAUUCGGAAAAACCACCCAACGAGCGACCAGCCCUGAAGAAACCAAUUUCUACCUACUCCAUCUAUCGCUACUAAGAGAAUACCUAGAACAAGAGUUUAUAGAAAUAAAAGACAAACUACCAUUUCCCUACGACAUAGAGAAAAUUGUCGACGACUGGGUGCUCAUGGGAUUUUUGGUGGGAAACGAUUUUAUUCCCAACUUGCCUAAUAUGCAUAUAAGUAAUGAUGCCUUGCCGGUGCUAUAUAAAACUUAUAUGACGGUCUUGCCAACUUUAGAUGGUUACAUAAACGAGGCGGGUGACUUAAACUUGGCCAGGUUCGAAACGUUCAUGCAAGAGCUAGCCAAGAUCGAUAAAGAAAAGUUCCAAGACACGUAUGCUGAUCUCAAGUACUUCGAGGGCAAAACCGGCAGGCGGCCCAAUGCUAAUGAAAGGAGAGAGUACAAACCAAACAACGACGACACGUUUAACGUGAACGUGGAUGACAUAAAGGCGAAUGCGCCCGACGACGCGCUACAGGCGUUGAUCAACCGUACUCAAGAAAUGUAUUUUGAUGACGUUGACAAUGAAGAAGAUGAAGUAUACGAAGAAACUAGUGAUGAGGAAGCCACUUUCGAGAUGGAAUUCAAGCUUCACAAGAAGGAUUAUUACAUGAAUAAAUUAGAUUAUUCCGCUGUAACUGCAGAAGUAUUAGCGGACCAAGCGGAAGGCUACGUGCGGGCGAUCCAGUGGAAUUUAUUCUACUACUACAAAGGCUGCCCGUCCUGGUGUUGGUACUACCCGCACCACUACGCGCCCUACAUAUCGGACAUAAAAGGCUUCAAGGAUCUCAAGAUCGAGUUCGAGCUGGGGGAGCCUUUCAAGCCAUUUGAACAGCUUCUAGCCGUACUGCCAUCAGCCAGUAAACACCUCCUACCUGCACCAUUCCAUGACCUGAUGACGGAUGAGGAUUCCCCCAUAGUCCACUAUUACCCCGUCAACUUCGAGACGGAUCUCAAUGGCAAGAGGAACGACUGGGAAGCUGUGGUGCUUAUACCGUUUAUUGAUGAGGUAAAUCUUUUGUCAGCCAUGACACCAUGCUACCAAAGAAUGACUGAGGAGGAGUUGAAUAGAAAUACUCAUGGGCCAAUGCUCAUUUAUAACUGGACGAAAGAAAGUUUAGGUACCGUGGAAGCACCAGAAUACUUCCCAGCCAUCCAGGACUGCCACGCCGUAGAGAAAAAGGUGUACCGCAAGGAACUAGACGUGCCAGAGCACGUGCUGAAGCGAGGCAUGUUGCCGAACGCCAAGCGGGACAUGAUGUACCCCGGCUUCCCCACCAUGAGGCACUUGAAGUACAAGACGACCCUGAAGAAAUGUAAGGUGAAAGUAUUCGACCAGCCGUCUCGCAACGAAAACAUGAUGGUGGAACUCAUCAGGGAAUCCAACACGGACCCACAGUUGGAAAAAAUCGCUCAGGACUUGUUAGGGAAGAUCAUCUGGGUUGGGUGGCCUCAUCUUACUAAGGCGAAGGUGAUUUCGGUAUCUAACGAGAAGACGCGGCUACACCACGUCGACCAUCAGAACAACAAUGUAAACGGCACUCCGAGCUACACCACCGAGUCCAACUUCGGAAACUUGCAUAAACAGUGGAUAUCGGAACGCUCAACGAUCAUAGAACAUAAUCAGAAUCGCCUUGGAAUUGAACUGGGCAAUGUGAAUGUUAUAAUUCAUGCUGUUAACUUGAAAGGCUACAAAUACCUAAUCCAAGACAACACCCAAAUGGUAUUCGAGCCGGAAUGGUGUUCCGUAGCGUGCGGCUACGCGUACCAAGCCGUGGUCCGGGACGUGUCCGAACAUGUCAUACAGGAGGCCGGCAAGUUCUCGACGCCACAGGAGGCCUAUCCGGUAGGCUCCAACGUGUUUCUGCUCACGCAGGGGCAGUACUACGGGUGCAUGGCCACGGUGGUAGAUUCAGAGGCAGUCCGCAGCGGGCGCAUCAAAGUGCAAGUGACGGAGCAAACGGAGCCGACGCCCGUCGCGCACGCCAGCAUCUGCCCCUACCGCAGCGCCAACCACGCCGCCGCCUCCUGUGGAAUAUCACCUCAAUUCCUCUCAAGAAUAACGGGGACCGUGCUGGUGGUGUCUGGUCAAAGAAAUACUCUGCCGACCGAAACACAGAACAAAGUGAACGUCGGGCUUAAUUUAAAGUUCAACAAGAAGAACCAAGAAGUAUCGGGCUACACUCGUCGCUGCCCUGUCUCCAACGUGUGGCUGUACUCGCAGCGCUGCAUCGACCUGGUCAAGAGCUAUGAGCAACAGUUCCCCGAGCUGUUUGACAAGCUGGCCGAGUCCAUGUAUAAUGACAUCUUCUUUGAGAGCGACAUCUGGCCCAACGAAGUGGGCGAAAAGAAGCCUCAAGAAGUCCAAGCGUGGCUGAAGGCCCAGCCCCACUCGAGUGCCGCGCGGCGCGAGUGCGGCUCAGACGCUCUCGAACCAGAAGAAAUGAAGGCGCUCUUCAACUCUUUGGACAAGCAGCUGCAAGAAAUCAAGGGCAAUGGCAAGACGGUCACGCUUCAUGUCAAAUGGAACCUUCUGUAUAAGCCGGAACUCCACGAAGGAAACAUCCAGCCUGACCCUAAAGCGGACUUCAAAAUGUACGACCGCGUGGUCUGCGUGGCUCGCAGCAUCACGGCUCCGUUCGGAGCCAAGGGCACCAUCACCGCCGUGUACCAACCGCCACAGUCUAACACCGUGCGAUUGGCUGACAAGUUGAACGCUGAACCGACUUACCAAGUCAUGUUUGACGAUCCCUUCCCGGGUGCCUCGCCUGAAGAGCUGUUUGAAGAGCAUAGGUUCUAUAGGAUGUUGCCAACAAACAUGUUGAACAUAUCAUACGGGCGCAAACUGAGGAACACAGUGACCGUCGCCGGCGCGCACGAGACGCAGAGCACUAACAAAACGCCCAAUCUGCUGCGGAGAGAUGACGGACACAACUCCGCGUUCGCUAGCUACAGUCCCACAAGAGAUCAAAAGACUCCAGUAAGUGAAACCCGAAACAAUACCGCAAGUGCUUCCACAGAUAAUUCACAAGACAAUGCUACACAGCUUCUAAGGAGUCUGCUUAACAUUAGUCAAGGAGAAACAGAUUCUAAUAAAAAAUCUGCCAAGAACGCACGAGAUCAAAAUCAGAGUUGGCGAUCGAAAAACGACAACCAACAACAACAACAGCAACCAAACAGCCAAACUAGCGAAUUUUGGAAAUUAUUUACCAGGUCUCAACAACAGCAGCCUCAGACUCAAAACUGGCGCAAAGAGCAGAACGGCACAUACAACAGGGCGCCCCCACCCCAAGUGUAUCAGGAGUGGACUAACAGGUCUUUUAAGAACCAACCACCAGUGCCUCCGUAUCCGACGUUCGGGCAACCCUUCCAAGGGCCGGGGCCGAACCAGGUCCCGUUUCCCGCGUUCAACAACGCGCACUUCCAACGCAACCACAACGCUAUGCGACAGCACCCGCAGAACCAGCCGCAUCCGCAGAAUCAGCAUCCACAUCCGCAGCAGCACCCGCAGAAUCAGCAUCCACAUCCGCAGCAGCAUCCGCAGAAUCAGCAUCCACAUCCGCAGUUCCCGCAACAUCUGCCCAGCGUCGAUGGAGUGGCGUUGGCGCCCAGUUGGAACAAGAAUCCACCACAGAACCAAGUGCAGUCCGCGCCCACGCAUAAUGUCCCCAACAACACCGAGAAACCCAACCCAUUUGUACCGCUGCAAGUACAGACCAGCCAACGGCGAGUGCACAACCCACCCGGGCCGCAACGGCGCGGCGCCGAGGGCUUACCGGCGCCGCAGCCCGUGCCUGUGCAGGGACACUCAUCCUCACAUUCGACGUUCAGGCAGCAAGAUGACUCGUCCAAGCGACCACAAAGAAAGAAAAAGCCGAGAGUUGCCGCCAACCUCCCCUUUCAAAUGGAUUAAUUAAAUAUUAUAAUGUUGCCAAUCUUGUACAUACACUACAUAGUUAAAUGAAUCAGAAUCAAUGUUAACAGUUUAUGUAUAAGUCAUCAACUAA